GCAAGUAAAAAUUGCUAUGAUUGACAAAAAAAUAUAUCUCGUGUCAAAAAAGAAAAGAAAAAAAUAUCCAAAAGAAAUAUAUAUAUACAAUGUAUCUGGUCAAGGUUUUAUAAAUUUGCAUACGUCAUAAUUGUUCCACGCUCCAUGUAACUUGUUUAGCUUCUUGCAGAAGCCUCUCGUCGUACGAACACCUAAACUACCAAAAUUUCGAACUUCGCAAUUUCCCUCCUUCCCUGCCGCGGGUUAAUAAUUAGUUUCUAUUUUCCAUCAUAAUUUAAUCCAUCCACAUUCCACCAAAACUCUCCUGCUUCGUCCUUUGUUCAUCAUUAUUCAAUGGUUAAUUCCACCAAAACUCUCCUGCUUCGUCCUUUGUUCAUCAUUAUUCAAUGGGUGAUAGUAAACCUACAGGUGUGACUAUGUUCGGUUCUGAAAGUAUAUCUCCUUCGCAAUCACGAACCUCUAACAUAUCUGGUUCAAUUCCACAAUCCGUUAUAUUGAAAAACACAGCAUUACUUCGACGUAGUGAUUUUCACCUAUCACCAGAUAACCCUUUCUUGCAGGUGGAUUCUCGUCCUCCUCCAGGGACUGUUUUCACUUCUGAAGAUCUAUGUACUGGUUCGCAGGUGGAUUCUUGCCCUCCACCGGGAACUGUUUUCACUUCUGAUGAUCUUUGUACUGGUAGAAAGCGUAGACGAGGAUAUAACAAAGACAAAGAAAACCCUCCUCCACAAUCAAUCAGAAAUAACCUAGCUGCUAUAGUGAUUGAAAAGAACUUGGAACCCCAACAUAAAGUACCUUCUCAGACUCCAUAUAAUGUGAAAAACUCAGUUAGUGGAUCUUAUUCUGAUUCCAACUCUAUUCCUCCAUCUACUGGUGUAUUCUCUUCCUCUGAUUCAACUCCCCCUUCCAACACAUUGAAAAAUACAGCAUUACUUCGACGUACUUAUGUUCACCUAUCGCCGGAUGAUCCCUUCUUGAAGUUGGGUUCUCGUCCCCCAGAAACUGUUUUCACUUGUGAAGAUCUUUGUACUGGUAGAGGAGCAAACAAAGACAAAGAAAACACUCCUUCUAAAUCAAUCAGAUAUAUUAAAGCUAUGAAUGGGAGAAGUUUAACCAAAAAACCUCGUCCUCCGAGAGUUAAUGGGUUGGUGAGUGUGCAGAGUACUCAACUGCCUACUAGGAUUCCCCUCUCAAAUAUGUCGAAUAUAGAUGUGAGUAGAGGGCUUCCAGAAAAAAGAGGGAAGCUAAAGAAAAAGAACUUUUUGGCAGAAAUAACACGCACGUUGUUUGAAGAAACUGAAGAGUCUAAUGGAGAAGACAGGAAUUAUGAGAGCCUAGAUCAAUCCUGGAUUGCUAAAUUUGACAGCAACUAUAAUCCAAGUUCUUCAGUUGGAAGGGGGACCAGGGUUUCUGUUAAACCUGAAUAUUGGAUAACACCACCGGCCAAGGAAUUUGCUAAUGACUAUACUCUUUCAAGUGAAAUGGGAUUCUCAGCAAAUAGUGUUGCAGAGGCCUUACUCAUGCACGACAAUUAUCCAGACAAGGUUUGAGUUGCGAAAAGUACUGUACAGCUAGAACUGCCUUUUUAUCUUGUUCCGUUGGAAUGGUCAUUGUAUCCAUGUUGUCAAAAAUUUAUCAGAGCCAGGUUUCGAUCCUGGGACCUGUGGGUUAUGGGCCCACCACGCUUCCGCUGCGCCACUCUGAUUUGCUGUUAUACGUUUAGGAUUACGAAUCAGAUAGGUACAGGGACUGCUUAUUAAAAGUCUAUAAACUGCCAACAUUUCCUUUAGAAAAGGAAUAAUCUCUUUUCCGAUAUAACUCGUAA